AUUAGCAGCAGCAAACGCCUGGGGUUGCGGCAGCUUAUCCCGGUUGCAUCGAAGGGGGUUCGUUCUGUGUCACUCCUGCUAGCGAGUACUCGAGAAGAAGUCCAUCGGCGACGACAACGCCGAGAGAGCACCAGACGAGGGCUGUUUGCUGCGGCAGCGCCAAGAUCUCCAUCUCCAUCGCCGUUCAUGAUGACCAGCCCCGUCGCAGCAGGGGAGGUCGAUGGCACGAAGAAGGAGCAGGAGCUGGUGUUGGACAGGGAUUUUUUCUCGAAGGAGACGACCGUUGUGGCCGUAAAGCUCCCUGCGAAGCGCACGAGCGAGUUGCGGACGCGGCUGAAGAGCGAGCUGAGGAACGUUCCGCACCGAAGAAACGUGGAGCGGUGCCCGGGGGAUGAUUCCUGCCGGCUGCUGCUGCUUGACCCCACGGUGAAGGACCCCGAAACUCUCGAAGGUCUCAGCCCGGAAGCCGCGGAGUUCCUCAGGGGGGACGACGAUCUGGACACCACGACGUUCCGCGUCAAGACCGAGUACUCCAUGCUCGGAGUAGAGGAAGUGUUGACGCAGCUGCUGGAGCCGCGGUUGCCCGGGCGGGACCUCCCGACGUCUUUCGAGGUGGCCGGACACCUGGCGCACCUCAACCUCAGGGACUACUUGCUGCCGUACAAGAAGGUCAUCGGCCAGGUCAUCAUCGACAAGAACCCACGGAUUACCACGGUGGUCAACAAGGUCGACACCAUUUCGACAAAAUUCAGGACCUUUCCCAUGGAGAUCGUCGCUGGGGAACCAAACACAGAGGUGGUGGUUAAGGAGAGCGGGUGCAGCUUUAGGUUCGACUUCGCCAAGGUUUACUGGAACAGCCGCUUGCAGACAGAGCACGCGAGGCUGAUCAAAGUUAUUGGACAGCAGCAGGAGCAGCAGCAGGAGCAACAGCAUCAGCAACGACGUGAGCAACCCGAGCAACAACAACCACAGCAGCAGCAGCAGCAGCAGCAGCAGCAGCAGCGGCAGCAGCAGCAGCAGCAGCAGCAGCAGCAGCAGCAGCACAAGAAGCAGAAGCAGAAGCGGAAGCAGAAGCAACAACGGUCCGCACACCGGAACCCUUCGACCGUGGUGGUGUGCGACAUGAUGGCCGGCGUGGGCCCCUUCGCCAUACCCUUGGCCAAGAACGGCCACCGAGUCUUCGCGAACGACCUCAAUCCGGACAGCUACAGCGCUCUCAAUGACAACCGCGCCAGGAACAAGAUCAAGCCCGGCCUGCUGACGACCGGAAACGACUGCGGGCGCGCGUUCGCGAGGAAGCUGAUUCGAGAGAGGCAGGACGCCCUCGAUCGAGCGAACGAAGUCAUGGGAUCCAACCUCACCCAGCAGGAGGUUAAGAUCCACGUUGUGCGGGACGUCGCUCCCAACAAACCAAUGCUUUGCCUCUCUUUCCUAGCCCCCGACGCCGGCGCCGACGGCAAAACGGAGGGCACGGGCACCGAGGAGGAGGCGGUGAAGGGCGGGGGGGAUGCUGAGGCGUCUUCCCGGGGGGGGGACGUUGGCGAUGCAACCCCUGCUGCCGCGGAGAAGGCGGCAGUGGGUACGACGUCGAGCGACGCGGGUGAUAGUGGUGGUGGUUUUAGUGUCGGAACUGCCACGACUACAUGUAGCAGCAGUAGUGCUGCUACCCCGGCUGAGGCUGUUUCCUCCGUUUCGGACGCUGCUGCUGCUGCUGCUGGUGAUGAUGUUUCUGCAAGCGAAGGGGGGGAUGGAGCUGAGGGUAGAGGGGUUGGUUUUUCCAAGGUCAAGCGGCAACGGGUCGAGCAGAGUUUGUAGAAUAGGGAUUGGUCUAUUUAUUCCCUGGCGGUAGCCCCCGCUGUUUUGGAUGCGAACUCCGUUAACCUCACUCCGGAUUGGCGUCUCUGUUGUUUCGAUUUUCGUGUUUGAAACUUCUGUACAUAGUUGCAACUUGUGUCCACAGCCGGCGCUACCGCGAAGUAAGGUUUGAUGAUUGGCUGACGCAAACGCUCGUGUGGUAUGCGUUGUUGCAUUGGCCGGCUCUAGCUUCAAAGGCAGCGGAGCGACUCGAAUGGGGCACGCAGACGGGAAAAUCCUGUGUACGCCCCCCCCCGCCCCCACUGGGCCACUCAUUUGUUAACCCAGGGAGACACGAGUACAAGGGCUUUGUGAGGGGG